UGUUGCCGGCCAUUCGGACAUCAGUGUCCACUUUGACUCCACCAAACAAUUACAACCCUCCGAAGUUGAAAAUAUUAACAGAAAUAAAUUAAUUUCAUACCUUUGCGAGUUAUGGAACGUUUUGUUGUGGUCUUGAGCGCGUUGCUGUUGAUACUGAUAACGCAAAGUGUUUUCGCCAGCGAGGCGCAUGAAGAUGCAAGUCUUGAUUUUGCUCCGAAGAAAAAGUAUGGGCAAUUGUGGUUUGGGCCGCGAUUAGGGCGCAGAAAACGAACCCCAGAAGGGUACAAAACUUCUGGUAUUGAGAGGCAACAACUAGAAGCGUUGAUUGAUUUGAUUCACGAUUCGCCAUGGGCCAUAGUCGCUGUUAACGGCAACGAAAAUAAGCGUUACGACGUGAAUUUCGUCCCGCGAUUGGGGCGCGAGUCCGGCGAAGAUGUUCUCGUCAGCGGGCUGCCAAACAUGGGCGGCGAGCGCCUUCUACAAGAUCCGGAGUUUGUCGGCGAAGUAAUGUCGCAGCGCUCGCCACCGUUUGCACCACGCCUGGGAAAACGCGUCUUGCCAUUCUCGCCGCGUUUAGGAAGAGAAAACUUCCAACCGGAUCGCUCUUAAGCUGAUGACACUCGCACGCGAAUUAAAUUCAUACAAAAAUAAAUUACAUCUGAUUACAAAUCUCGACCCUCGAGUACACAAUACUAUAUAAACAAAUAUAUUUCAUCUUUUCGUUUUGUUUCACUCUUCACUCAUCGAUAUUUGCUGGAUACAUUCGAGAUGUGUAGCUCUGAAUUCUUCUUCUUUCUAAUAAAAUUCAUUUUAUGAAAUGUGUACAUACAA